UGGGCAGUUGCGUGUAGGGGGUGCAGAACAGCGGCGCCGCACCGAGCAGGGAGGGGGGGGGCGUCCCGGAGUCUCUGGAAGGAUAGAGGGCCAUGACCACACCGGCAGGUUCGGGCGCAGGCUUCGGCUCCGUGUCCUGGUGGGGCCUGUCCCCGGCGCUGGACCUGCAGGCUGAGAGUCCUCCUGUGGACUCCAGGGGCGAUACAGAGCCCAGGACCCCCGAGCUAGAUGUACUGCUGCUGGGCUCCGUGGAUGGGCGGCACCUGCUUCGGACCCUGGCCCGGGCGGCGCUCUGGCCUAGCAAGAGGUUACAUUUCUUUGUGCUAGAGAAUAAUCUGGAAGCUGUGGCCCGACACAUGCUGAUCUUCAGCCUAGCUUUGGAGGAACCUGAGAAGAUGGGGUUGCAAGAGAGGAGCGAGACCUUCCUGGAGGUGUGGGGGAACGCGCUGCUGCGCCCCCAGGUGGCCGCCUUCGUGCGCGCCCAGGCCAAGCGCCUGGCGCACCUGGUCCCGGAGCCCGACCGGCUGGCGGAGCAGCUGCCGUGGCUCAGCUUGGACGCCCUCAAGGCCCGAGUCAUCCACACUCGCGAGUUCCGGCGUUGGAGGGACACGGGCGUCGCCUUUGAACUCAGAGACUCGAGCGCCUACCACGUGCCAAACCGGACCCUUGCGUCCGGUCGUCUCCUGAGUCAUCACGGAGAGCGUGUUGCAGCGCGCGGGUACUGGGGGGACAUCGCCACGGGGCCAUUCGUGGCCUUUGGCAUUGAAGCGGAUGAUGACAGCCUCCUACGGACCAGCAACGGACAGCCAGUCAAGACCGCUGGUGAGAUCACUCAGCACAAUGUGACGGAGCUGUUCCGAGAGGUGGCCGCCUGGGGGCGCCCGAGAAACACCCUCGGAAACCCCAAGCAGGUGCACCGAGACGGGGAUGGAAGCCCAGAGCCUGCCCCUGCCCCGGAAUUCUUCAAUGUGCACUUCCUGCCUCUGGGCUCUGCCCAGACCCUUCACCACAGGACCUGCUACAAGGAACGGUUCCAGCUUCUCUAUGUGGCCUGUGGGAUGGUGCAUCUUCUCAGCCCCGAUCUCGGGGCCUGCGUGGCCCCUGGAGGACGGCUGGUGGUGGAAUUAGCCCGGUACCUGGUGGACCUGCGGCAGGAGCAGCUGCAGGGGUUUGCCACCCGGGUCGGGGAGCUGGCUCAGGCGGCUGGGUUCACCCCCCUGCCCCAGACCAGGCCCUCAGAGACCUUCGCACGCUUCUACAAGGCCCCGGACUCUGCUUACCACCGCCCUGACGCAGCUGUGGGCUCCGUGACUCCGCCCCCUGAGGUCCUGGUCCCGCCCCUUGAGGACCAGGGCCAGCCUCUGGAACGCAGGACCCCACCCUCUGGGCGCCUCAAGCAGCCCCCAGAGUCUCCGGCUCCACCCACAGAGAAUCAGACCCCAAAACCAGAGAGUCUGACUCCACUGCCAGAUGCCUGGUCCCCCAUCUCUGACUUGUAAAGUCAGGUCCUGGAAUUAGAGCCCACCUCUAGAAUACUCAGUUGUAUUCUCAGCAGUCUUAGGCAGCUCCAGAGGUGCUGCUAGUAUUUCAGAUUACUUACCUGGGGUUCUAUAUUCUGUUCCUAGAAUUCUAGAUUGUUCUUUCAGAGUUAUGUAUUCCACUCUUGCGACUCUAAACACCGCCUACAGAGAUCCGGCCCUGAGUCUUAGGCCCUCUGUGUGGCCUCCUGGGGAUUGGGGGAAUCUGCUCUCCAGGGCCGCUCAACACCCACACAGUCCAAGUAAAGAGAGCAGGGUCCUCUUCUUCGUGUGCCCAUGUGUCUUUCUGGUCUUCAGUCUGGUCUCCAGGGCUGGCAGAGGGGCUGUGCUGGGGUGGUCAAGAGAGGAGACCUAGUUCCUAGUGAACUAGAGGUGGAUUUCUCCAUGCUUUUGUUGCCUGAGAGUCUGGGCCAUAUCUGGAUCCUCAAAUAAAUCAACAAAAUUUAUUGACUGGCUAACAAGUUUGGGAUACAGAAACUGACCAUAGUUCUUAUGAAGAUUGCAGUUUAGUGUGGGGAUGAGGCCCAGACUCCUGGGUCUCAG